AUGGAUUCUGAAUUAAAAUCAAAUUAUUGCAAUAUCACGAACGAAACUAUUAUGGCAUAUUUAAAUCUAUGCACACAUUGUCAAAAAAAGUCAUCUAAUCCUAAAAGAGGCUUACUUUCGAAACCUAUUUUACAUUCUACUUUUAAUUCAAGAGCUCGAAUCGAUUUAAUUGAUAUGCAAUCACAAAAUAUUAAUGGAUUCCGCUUAAUUUUAAAUUAUCAAGACCAUCUUACAAAAUUCGUGUUUCUCAGAGCUUUAACGAGUAAACGUGUGGAAGAGAUUGCACACAAUUUGUUGGAUAUGUAUACAACUUUCGGGGCACCGGCCAUUCUACAAUCAAACAAUGGCCGAGCAUUUGUUAAUUCGAUAAUUAAUGAGCUUCAUUCCAUGUGGUCAGAUGUAAAAAUAGUACAUGGCAAACCUAGACACAACCAAAGCCAAGGGUCUGUAGAGAGAGCUAACCACGACGUCGAAGACAUGCUAGCAACAUGGAUGGCACAAAAUGUAUGCAAAGAUUGGCCUUCGGGGUUAAAGUUUAUACAAUUUCAAAAAAACCGUGCAUUGCAUUCAGGCAUUGGAAGAUCUCCUUACGAAGCAACGUUUGGAUGCAAAGCAAGAGUUUGA